AAAUAAAAUAAUGAAAAAUGCAUGUCGUAAUUUGAAUACAUCUCUUUCUUCUUCUUUCUUCUUCUUAUUCUACCUCCACACAGACGACUUCAAUCCUACGCCAAACAAUCCCUUAGAAACCACCAACAACAACCCGGGACGCGAGCAACGAGCUCCUUUCUCUAAAUCGAUCCCCUCACUUUCUUACACGUGUCGGUACACGAGAAAACGAACGGUCCUGAUUGCUUCAUGGAACACCGCCUCUCUGAUUGUUCUCAUAUGCCGGUGAUAUACAUGUCACGCCACUCUCUGUAGCUUCACUUCCUUCACUCUCACUCUCUCUCUCUCUCUCUCUCUCUCUCUGUGUAAUUCUCGGCUGCGAGUGUUUCAGGUAUGAUUCUUUGUUCGUCAUCAUCGAGCUCUUCCGAAAGUGACGAAUUGAAUAUGGAGACGGAGGCGUUGUCAGCUUCUGCUCCAUCGGAGACCAACACAGCUUCCACGAACUCAUCGCCACACGACCUCUUCUCGCAGAUCAGCACGUAUUCCAAUUUUCCCGCACCUUCGCAAGAAAACGGCAGAGAUUUCGGCGCCGAUUUCGCUUCCAUGUACCGCGCAAUUUUCCCGCCAAACUUCCCGAGCUCUCUGUCUCUGACGCCGUCGACGACGCACUCCUCCUCCUGUGGAGAAGACGAGGCUGCCGUCACCGAACACCGUCUCAACCAGGCUUGCCUCAUUCUGGAAUGCCAGGAGCUACGCGAUGGUUUCGAUCUCUGCCGCGCAAACCUCCACGAGAUCACCAAGGAGGUCGAGUACCUCCGCCGCGAGAAUUCUGAACUCCGAUCCGCCAAUACGGAGCUCGUGAAGCUACUCUCUUCACAGACUACCUUCCAAAGCGUCCUUCUCUCCUCCUCUUAUCCGAACCGAUCGUUCAUGCAAAAUUUCCGCCGCCUCAACAUCGGAGGCACUACUGCUCCUAAUGCUCACGGCUCCGAAGAAGUCUCCAACAUCAGUCCGACGAGCGUGAUGGAAAAUAACCGGUUCCAGAGACGGUCAAACACAGAGAGAAUCAACCUCCCGAAGAGCAUUUCAGUCCGAUCAAGCGGUUACCCUAAGUUGAACCAAUCUGCAAGUGCGAGCAACGUCGACGGUCCAAGCCGCAUCUCUACUCGCCCGCAGGUCACGGGUCCACUCGUUUCCGGAUCGGUGCAGCAAAGGGUGUAUGUGCCAGCAGGAUGUGGUAGUGGUUCAGGGAAGAGGGAUCAGGAUUCAGAAGGCGGUGGGGAUUUGGAACUGGAGGUUUACAACCAAGGAAUGUUCAAGACGGAGCUCUGUAACAAAUGGCAGGAAACUGGAACGUGCCCGUACGGUGACCAUUGCCAGUUCGCACACGGAAUCAAAGAGCUUCGACCUAUAAUCAGGCACCCAAGGUACAAGACCGAAGUCUGCAGGAUGGUCAUGGGAGGAGACAGGUGUCCGUACGGUCACCGGUGCCAUUUCCGUCACUCGCUCACUGAGCAGGAGAGGGUUCAGCUUAUGGGUCUGCCCCGAGCUAAUUGAUCAUAUCAUUGGGAUUGGUUAUAUUUUGGUAGGAUCAUAAUAUUGGACCUUGAUAUUCUCCUACUUUUCUUUGCUUAAUUCUCAUUGGAACUUUAUGUAAUGUAUAUAGAUCUUGUUCACAGAAAAAUCAAAGGCAAUAAGUAAUGUUGGGAUAAUAUGGUUUAAGAAAAUUAUGGUAAAUAAGGGAAGAAAAAAAAAAAAAAGUGGAAUAUUUGCUAAGUUUGAUCAUUAGAGGCAGGAUAUUGUUAGCAUAUAUGGGUUUUUGUAUAGGAUUAGAUGGGAAAUUGUAUUUGUUUCAUUCUUGGUUACACUAAUACGUUUAUAUGGUUCAGAGCUCUCUCUCUAUUGUCUUGGUUGGUUCAAUAUUCUGAGUAUGGGUAGAAAUGGGGCUCAAGUGAAAUAGAUUUUUUUUUUUUUUUCCAUUUUUCAUUUUUCAUUUUUUGUUUUCUGUUUUUUCUUGUUGAAGAAAAGGGAGUGUACGCUGAAAAGAGUGCAAUGGGUCGUAGAAAUGUCUCAUACAACUAAUACGACUCCACCUUGUAAUGAUUGUAUUCGAUAAGCAUGCACUUGCACGCAAAGUUCAAAUCAAGUUGGUUAUGUAUUUA